AGGGGCGGUGUUUGUGCGCCGCGCUUUCUCUCCCUUGGGAAAGGGGCCGCGGCAUCGUAAUCUCUGCCUACGCAGCCCCGCGGGGCUUAGACUAGCCGCGCGGCCCCGUCCCCACUCCUACCGGCCGCCAGGGUUUGCAGCUCGCCGGCGCCCCUACCUCGCCAUGUCUACCCGGUCGCCCACCUCAAGGAGGACGGGUCGUCCCGCAGGUGUGCAGGGAGAGGCGAUCGGAGGUCCACGCCACGCCCGACUGGCCGCAGCCCGAAGCCGGGUACUUGGUCAGCAACAGGUAGCCUGGCUGGCUGCGCGCUCGGGGAAACAAAAAGCGCCACUGUUACCUAGAAGACCCCUACUCCAUUCAGUGGGAGCAGCUGGAGAGAUUUACCCUGGACAGAACAAAAGGAAGACUUUUGAUGGAUUUUAAAAUCACAGUUUGAAAGCAUUUGAGAAUCCUGGGAAGAUAGUUUGUUCUCCUGCUCUGCACAGAUAGGUUAAGGCUGUUUCUGAUGCAGCUGAGAAAAAUGCAGACCAUCAAGAAGGAGCAGGCAUCUCUUGAUCCUGGUAGCAGUGCGGACAAGGUGAUGGUGCUUAACUCUGCUUUAACUGAAGUCUCAGAAGACUUGACUACAGGAGAAGAGCUUCUUCUAAGUGAAGGAAGUGUGGGGAAAAACAAAUCUUCAGCAUGCCGGAGGAAACGGGAAUUUAUUCCCGAUGAAAAGAAAGAUGCUAUGUAUUGGGAAAAAAGGCGGAAAAAUAAUGAAGCUGCCAAGAGAUCACGGGAGAAACGUCGACUGAAUGACCUGGUUUUAGAGAACAAACUAAUUGCACUGGGAGAAGAAAACGCCACUUUAAAAGCUGAACUGCUGUCCUUAAAAUUAAAGUUUGGUUUAAUUAGCUCUACAGUAUAUGCUCAAGAGAUUCAGAAACUCAGUAAUUCUACAGCAGUAUACUUUCAAGACUACCAAACCUCCAAAUCCAGCGUGAGUCCCUUUGUGGACGAGCACGAGCCCUCAGCAGUGGCUAGCAGCUGCAUAUCCGUCAUUAAGCACUCUCCACAGAGCUCUCUGUCUGAUGUGUCAGAAGUCUCCUCGCUAGAACAUUCACAGGAGGGCCCUGUGCAGAGUGGCUGCCAAAGCCCUGACAGCAAUUUCCAAGUCAUCAAGCAGGAGCCGGUGGAAUUGGAGAACUAUGCAAGAGAGCCGAGAGAUGACCGAGGUGCCUACCGAGCGUCCGUGUACCAGAACUACGUGGGGAAUUCUUUUCCUGGCUACUCACACUCCCCACCUCUACUUCAGGUCAGCCGGUCCUCCAGUAACUCUCCGAGAACAUCGGAAACCGAUGAUGGUGCGGUGGGAAAGUCAUCGGAUGGAGAAGAUGAGCAGCAGGUUCCCAAGGGCCCAAUCCACUCUCCUGUUGAACUUCAGCAUGGACAUGCCACAGUGGUUAAAGUUCCAGAAGUGAAUUCCUCUGCUUUGCCACACAAGCUCCGGAUUAAAGCCAGAGCCAUGCAGAUAAAAGUAGAGGCAUUUGAUAAUGAAUUCGAUGCCACACAAAAACUUUCCUUGCCUGCCGAUGUGACAUCUAAGAGACAAUUUGAACUUGAGAAGCAUAGUUCCCCAAAUAUGGUACAUUCUUCUCUCACUCCUUUUUCGGUGCAAGUGACUAACAUCCAAGAUUGGUCUCUCAGACCAGAACACUGGCAUCAAAAAGAACUUACUGGCAAAACUCAGAAUAGUUUAAAAACUGGAGUUGUUGAAAUGAAAGACAGUGGCUACAAAGUUUCUGACCCAGAGAAUUUGUUUUUGAAGCAGGGGAUAGCAAACUUAACUGCAGAGAUGGUCUCCCUUAAGAGACUUAUAGCCACACACCAAAUCUCUGCUUCAGACUCUGGGUAAAUUACUACUGAACAAGCCCUGGGCAUUUAGAGGUGUCAUUUGCAAUAGAUGAGUACAUUUUGUGUUAGGCUGAAUUUUCACUGGGCCUGUGAUGUCAUUUCACUGUAAUGUUCACAUGUUCUCUGUCAGGUGUCUUUUUGUGCACAAAUUAUUAUGAAGAUUAGAUUGUGUUAUCACUCUGCCUUGUGUAUAGUCAAAUAGUCCAUGCAAAGGCUGUAUAUAUUGAACAUUAUUUUUCUUGUUCUAUUAUAAAGUGUGUAAGUUACCUGUUUCAAUAAAGGAUUGGUGACAAACACAA